GGUCUUGAUGAUAUUAUGGAUGAAGAAGGAGUUAAAGAGAGUGGUAAUGACACCAUUGAUGAAGAUGAGCUUGUUUUACCUAACAGGAAUUUGAGGAGCCGUUGUGAAGAAACAUCAGUCACAUCACCAAGAAAAUCACCACGUUUAAUGGCACAAGAAACAGUACGGAGUUUGCGACAGAGCACGCUAGCCAAGCGUUCGAAUGUUGCACCUCUUGCUAGUACCAAGAAAUCAUCUGUAAAAAGUGUAUCUGCUCCAAAAACCGGACAGAAACAAGAGAGAAGUCCAGCUAAAGAGGCAGAUGUCACUGCACCCUUGAAAAUAGAACAGCCUAAAGAAGUUAGGCGUAGUACAAGACGAUCAGGACAGACAGAAGGAACAGCAGCAGCAGUAGUAACAGCAUCCCAAAGUAAUACAAAAUGUCUUCCUGGUCCCAAAGAGGUGAAUGAAAUAAAGUCUGAAACCCCUGAGCAGGCAAAAGUUGAGGAAACAUCCCAAGAGUUAAGUUGUGCUAAUUUAGCAAGAGGCUGUUCUCCUUCCUCUGGAGAAACAAAGAAAAUAACAGAGGUUGCAACAAAGACUGAAUCUGGGAAUGUUGACUCCGUGGAAGAAGGGGUUGAUUGUAGUUUAGGUUCCCACAGUGUGGAAGUUCCUGAUGAAAAUACAUUGUCAGUAAAGGAAUGUGUAACAGAACCUGUAGAUGAUGACAAGGGAGUGGAGAAAACUGUAACUUCAUCUGAGAAACUGUUGGACAGUACAGAGUUUGAUAAUAAAGACUUGAAAAGUGAAGAGUUUGCUUCUGCUGACCCAGGAAAUAGCAUUUUAGAUAGCACUGUUCUUGACCAAGUAAGCCAAAAUGUACAGCAGCAGAUCAGCAGUACUAAAGUAGAAGGCCCUGAGGCAUCAAAAUUUCAGGAUGAUGAUAAACAAAUUACCAUUUCAUCAAAAUGUGAAAAGAAUGUUAGGCCCCGGCAUAGUAAAUCUGUAAUACAGAAUAAGCAAAAUCUGACUGCAGGUACUCCGCAGAAAUCAGGUACAGUGCAACAAGAAAUAACGCGUUCAAGAACAAGAGCUGGUCUUACAAGUCUGAAGCGGAAUGCAGAUGAGCAAGAGAGUCAUCAGCAUCCAAAUAACCCAGUUAAAAUUAGGAAGAAACAAUCUGAUCUGGGUUUGAAAGCAAAGAGCUGUGUUUCAGGGGUGACCAUAAAAAAGCAGACCAAUACAAUGCUGAAGAAAAUACCCCGAGUCCAGGCUUCUGUGCAAGUACAGAAGUCAUCAAUUCAAAAAGCAAGUGAGAAAUCUCCUACUCAUCAAAGCUGUUCUAAAGACACCCACCACUCCGUGCAUCCAUUAUCAGGGUAUGUUUCAAAUCUUGGUCAGAAGCAAGCCCAGGGUCAGAAACACCAGCUUGCAACGGUGCUAAAACCAAAUAGCUCCACAAAGGAAGAGGCAGAGACAAAAGAUUCCCCUGUUGUAGAACAUCUAAAGGAGGAUGAUAAAGAAAAAAACAAAUCAAAAAGAAUUGAUAAGAAUCUCCAACCUCGCCAGAGAAGAAGUAGCAAAAGUCUUUCACUUGAUGAACCUCCGUUGUUCAUUCCAGAUAACAUUUCAACUGUUAAACGGGAAGGCGUGGAACAUACCUCUGCUAGUGAAAGCAAAUAUGUUUGGGUGCCCAACAAGCAGUGUGGCUUUUGCAAAAAGCCACAUGGCAACAGAUUUAUGGUAGGUUGUGGUAGAUGUGAUGAUUGGUUUCAUGGUGAUUGUGUUGGACUGAGUCUUUCUCAAGCGCAGCAGAUGGGUGAAGAAGAUAAAGAAUAUGUGUGUGUGAAAUGCUGUGCUGAAGAAGACAAAAAAAUGGAGUGUUUUGAUCAAAGUGUACCAGAUACUCAAGUGAAACUUGAAAUCCAUAGAGAAGAAAAAGCAAUUGAGUGUGAAAAGCCAGGGAUGUCAAGGCAAACACCUACUUGUAAUCUAAAUGUAACAACUGAAAAAACAAAGCAAACGGAGGACAUUGGGAAGCACAAAGUCAAAAUAUUCAGACGGGAAUCUGGUGAUGGGAAGAACUUGUCAGAGUCCAGAGACUCAGAUACUAAAAAAGGGCAACAUGUUCCUGCUCGAAAAGGAUCACAAACUGCUGUAAUUCCUCGGCGGUCCCCAGAAGAUAAAAAUGAAAAAAUAAGUAAAGAGUCCCUUAGUGUGGUUGAAAGGUCCAUGAAAUCAGGUGUUCAUGAGAAACAAGAAAUUAAGAAAAAGAAAAAUGAGAAAGGAUCCAUUAGUGCAACACACCUGCCAGCUGUGCCAGCUUCCAAACCUUCUGCUGAUCAGAUAAGACAAAGUGUCAAGCAGUCUCUUAAGGAAAUUCUGAUGAAAAGACUGACAGACUCCAGUUUAAAGAUUCCUGAGGAGAGAGCAGCAAAAGUUGCCACAAGGAUUGAAAGAGAGCUGUUUUCUUUUUUUCGGGACACUGACUCAAAGUAUAAGAACAAAUACAGAAGUUUAAUGUUCAAUCUAAAAGAUCCUAAAAAUAAUAUAUUAUUUAAGAAAGUACUGAAAGGAGAGGUUACUCCAGACCAUCUAAUAAAAAUGAGCCCAGAAGAACUGGCUUCCAAAGAACUGGCUGCUUGGAGACAGAGAGAAAACAGACAUACAAUUGAAAUGAUCGAGAAAGAACAGAGGGAAGUUGAAAGAAGACCUAUCACAAAAAUUACUCACAAAGGAGAAAUAGAAAUUGAAAGUGAAACACCAAUAAAAGAACAAGAGGAAGUUAUGGAAAUUCAGGAACCUAAUAUGAAGUUGUUUGAGAAGUCAGAGGAAGCUGAAAAAGAUAAAGAAAUAAAUGAAUCUGCAUCUCCAGACACCACAAGUCAACAUAAAAAUCAUCUCUUCGAUCUUAACUGCAAAAUCUGCAUAGGCCGAAUGGCACCACCUACUGAUGAUCUUUCUGCCAAAAAAGUGAAAGUGUCUGUUGGAGUUGCACGGAAGCAGUCAGACAACGAAGCAGAGAGCAUUGCAGACGCGCUUUCUUCAACAUCAAGUAUUUUAGCUUCAGAGUUGCUGGAAGAUGAUAAGCAAGACUCAUCCAAAUCAUCAUUCACACCUCUCCCAAAGUCAGAAACACCUGGUACUGUGGAAUGUGAAAGUCUAUUUCUGGCACGCCUGAAUUUCAUCUGGAAGGGUUUUAUCAAUAUGCCUUCAGUGGCAAAGUUUGUUAUCAAGGCUUACCCAGUUUCUGGCUCUUUUGAGUAUUUAACGGAGGAUUUACCUGAUAGUAUUCAAGUAGGUGGCAGGAUAUCUCCUCACACUGUCUGGGAGUAUGUAGAAAAAAUCAAAGCUUCAGGGACCAAGGAGAUUUGUGUAGUUCGCUUUACCCCUGUAACUGAAGAGGAUCAGAUAUCCUAUGCGUUGUUGUUUGCCUAUUUCAGCAGUAGAAAACGUUAUGGUGUAGCGGCCAAUAACAUGAAGCAAGUGAAAGAUUUGUACCUCAUCCCUUUAGGUUCCUCAGAUAAAGUUCCACAUCAUCUUGUGCCUUUUGAUGGGCCUGGGAUUGAAAUACACCGACCAAAUUUAUUACUGGGAUUGAUAAUUCGCCAGAAAAUGAAGAGGCAGAUUACUGCUGUUGCAAGUGUUACUAGCAGUUUUGUGGACGAAGCUUCUGAAAGUACCUUGAGUAGCUUGCCACCAGAGAAGAAAAGCAAGCCAAGCAAACCUGAAGUCUCUCAUCAUGAGUUGGCACUAGAAGAAGAAGAGGAAAAUGAUUUUUUUAAUUCCUUCACAACCGUGCUACACAAGCAGAGAAAUAAACCUCAGCAAUCUAAUGUAGAAGAUGUUCCAGCAGUUAUUGAACCGUUGGUGGAAAGUACCAAACAUGAACCGCCGAAGCCUCUCAGAUUUCUUCCUGGAGUCCUGGUUGGAUGGGAAAAUCAGCCUUCUACUCUGGAGCUAGCAAAUAAACCAUUGCCAGUGGAUGAUAUUCUCCAAAGCCUGUUGGGUACGACAGGGCAGGUGUAUGAACACAGCAAGGUAGAAGCGAGUCCCAGUGAAGACAUACCAUUAUUAAACGAACAAGCAACCUUAAAAGAAGAAAACAUGGAUGUUGCUGAGGUAACUACUGAAGUUAGUGAAGCAAAGACUGGUUUGGAUGACCUACAAGAAUCCACUAACGCUACUGUAACUGUGGAUGCAGCAGCUGUAGGGACCUCAAGUUCUGCAAGAAGUGCUGGAUCUUUGAUAGGGCUGAGUCUUAAGGGAAAACCUCCAGAUGUCUCCACAGAAGCAUUCUUAUCAAAUUUAUCUGCUCAGACACAGAAUAAAGAAACUGAAGACAGUAAAGAAAAUGACCCAAAGCGGCAGUUACCCGACAAAGAUAAUGUUGCACAAGAAGUCAGAAGGACCACAAACUCCAGCUUUUCUUCUUCCUCAUCAAACGCAGGGAAAAAAAACAAUGAGAACAACGUUAAUGUAGGCUCUGCUGAAGGUACCACUGCUAAUACCUCUAAAUCACCACCGUUUAUUAAUCUUAAAAGAGACCCACGACAGGCAGCUGGACGAAGCCAGCAGACUAAUGCUUCGGAAAACAAGGAAGGAGACGUUAGCAGAAAUGAAGACCGACACAAUGCUUCAGGAAAUGAUCAAAUGGAACCAGAGAACAAACAGUCUUCUGGAGAAGUGGGCUCAAACCUGUAUCAAAGUGAUGCGCAAACCAAUGAGACGCAGUACAGUUCAACUGCAGCAAAAGCAGAUAACGCAGGUGCAUCACAAGCGGAAGAUACCAAACACUCGCAGGAGGAUGCACUGAUGCAAAACAUUGAAACAGUGAACUCAUUUAGAAGAGGACCAGCAGCAACUUCAUCUCAUUUUGAAACCGAAAACUCUUCUCGUUCUGAAUUUAUUUCCAAAGUCCCAAGCCCUAUUACAAGUGGCAGCUUCUCAUCUGUUAGACCUCCACAGCAGAAUUUUCAGCAUCCUAAAUCUAGUCCAUCUGGAUUUCAGUUUCAGGCUCCUGCACCUCAUAACUUCCCUCCGCAAAACAACCCUAUGUUUGGAUUUCCUCCUCAUUUACCACCUCCACUUCUUCCUCCUCCAGGCUUUGGCUUUCCUCAAAAUCCAAUGAUGCCAUGGCCACCAGUAGCUCAUUUAUCGGGUCAGCCACUACACUAUGCUGGACCCAUUGCACAAGGGCUACCAGUGGCUCACAAACAGUCAAGAUUUUUGGGGCCAGAAAAUUUUUUUCAGAGUAAAGACAGUAGGAGACCAGAAAGACGCCACAGCGAUCCUUGGGGCAGACAAGAACAGCAUUUGGAGAGAGGGUUCAGUAGAGGAAAAAAUGAUCAACAUAGACAAAGAUUUUACAGUGAAUCCCAUCACCAAAAGAAAGACAGACAUGAAAAAGAGUGGAACAACGAAAAAUACUGGGAGCAAGAUUCUGAAAGAAAUAGACGCAGAGACAGAAACCAGGAAAAAGAGAGAGAGAGGAAGAGUAGAGAGGAAGGACAGAGAGACAAAGAGAGAUUGCGAUCUCCACACAGUGAUAGGGCUGCUGAUGGAAAAAGCCCCAGAGAGACUAGAAAUCCAGAAAAAAAGACAGAGAAGCCUAAAAGUGAAGAACAGGCUCAUGAAAAAGAUAAGGAGAGGGAGAAAAGCAAAGAGAAGCAUAGAGAACGAGAAAGUGAAAAGAACAGAGAGAGACAUAGGGACCACAGUGACAGAACUAAAAGCAAAAGGUAA